ACCCAACAUAUUUGUCAAUCUUCUUCACCCUGCUUCUCCUAUAUAACAUCUUCAAUACCAUUUGCCAGGAAGAAUAGAAAGAGAGACUAUUCUUGAGUACCCCCAAAACAUUAAUUGAAAUACCACCUCUCUGCAUCAUCACAGACUCCAGGAAAAUUUUCAACAUUUUCUUUCUCCCAAUGGAAAAUGAUGGAAGCAAUACAUUUCAACUCAUUGUGAAUCAAGGAGAGCCGACUCUAGUCCCUCCUGCAGAUGAAACAGAGAAGGGCUUCUAUUUCCUCUCCAACCUCGAUCAAAACAUUGCUGUCAUCGUUCGCACCAUUUACUGCUUCAAAUCGGACAAAAAAGGAAACGAAAAAGCCGCUGAUGUCAUCAAAGCCGCGUUGUCGCGUGUUCUUGUCCACUAUUACCCGCUCGCUGGGCGCCUCACAAUUAGCCCCGAGGGGAAGCUCAUAGUGGAUUGUAAUGGCGAAGGAGCGGUUUUUGUGGAGGCAGAGGCGAAUUGCGAUAUAGAAGAGAUAGGCGAUAACACGAAACCUGACCCAGUGACUCUCGGGAAGUUGGUUUAUGAUAUUCCUGGUGCUAAGAACAUACUUGAAAUGCCUCCUCUUGUCGCUCAGGUGACAAAGUUCAAAUGUGGAGGAUUUGUUCUUGGGCUAUGCAUGAACCAUUGUAUGUUUGAUGGGCUUGGUGCCAUGGAAUUUGUCAAUUCAUGGGGCGAGACCGCCAGAGGUUUGCCUCUAAUGGUCCCACCAUUCCUCGACAGAAGCAUACUCAAGGCGCGAAACCCGCCAAAGAUCGAGUUCCCCCAUCAUGAAUUCGCUGAGAUUGAAGAUAAAUCUGACACCGCUACUCUCUACAAAGAAGAAAUGCUUUACCGGUCCUUCUGUUUUGACUCUGAAAAGCUUGAAACACUCAAAUUGAAAGCAACAGAAGACGGGUUUUUAGACAAGUGCACAACAUUUGAAGCCCUCUCUGCAUUUGUUUGGAGGGCUCGAACCCGUGCACUGAAGCUGAAACCCGAUCAACAGACAAAGUUACUUUUUGCUGUUGAUGGACGAUCUAGAUUCAACCCGCCAAUCCCCAAGGGUUAUUGUGGAAAUGGGAUUGUGUUAACAAAUGCGCUUUGUAAUGCAGGUGAACAAGUAGACAAUCCAUUAUCAUUCACUGUAAAACUAGUCCAAGAGGCGGUUAAGUUAGUUACAGACGAUUAUAUGAGAUCGGCGAUAGACUAUUUUGAAGUCACAAGGGCUAGGCCUUCCUUGACCGCAACACUUCUAAUCACUACUUGGUCUAGACUGUCUUUUCAUACUACAGAUUUCGGAUGGGGAGAGCCCAUCUUGUCGGGCCCGGUGGCGCUGCCAGAGCGGGAGGUGAUUUUGUUUCUCUCUCAUGGGAAAGAGAGGAAAAGCAUCAAUGUGCUUUUGGGCUUGCCUGCUCCAGCAAUGAAAAUCUUUCAAGAGCUUAUGCAGACCUUGUUUUACUAAGAGUCUUGUGGACUGGGUCAUCUUGGUUUAUUUAUUUAAUGACGUCAUGACUAUGAUAUGUUAUUUUGUUACAAUACAUAAUUUAUUUCAUUGUGGCGUAAGUGCAUUUUGUAAAAAAGAAAAAAAUAUAUAUACGUGGAACAAAUUUACUUCAAUUGUGGGAAUGGAUGGACUUUGUUCGGAACAACAGGGGAAGAACAUAAGUGCAAAUUUAUGUCCAGUUUGUUAAUUUUUAAUAAGUAAUUAUUCUUGUUUAAAUGUA